AUGGCACACAGCGGAACUUGGUCUAGCGGCAGUGGCAGCGGUUCAUCAACUUCACAAAGUAGAGGUUUAACGACAGCACCACCCCAAGAGGAACGGUUGUUGGUUGCUGUCCGUGUCCGUCCUUCAUUCGAUAAUGGUGAACGUUGUAUUGAAGUUAUUUCACCAACUUCACUGCUCUUCGACGAUGGCGGUAGGGGUAAAGCGCGAAAAUAUUCUUAUGAUUAUGUUUUCAAAGAAUCCGAUACACAGGAAAUGGUAUACAAAGCUACCACUGCACCUUUAGUUCAAGAUGUUAUUAAAGGUUAUAAUGCAGCGGUUUUUGCAUAUGGUGCAACCGGAUCGGGAAAAACACACACAAUGCUGGGACCAUCCAGGAAAAAGGGUACAACACCCGAAGCGGAUGGGCCCACAAAUGACAGUGGUCUAAUGGUCAGAGCAAUAGAAGAAAUAUUCCAGUAUAUAGAAAUGUCUGAAGAUCCGGCAUCGUGUAAGGUUUCCAUUUCAUAUUUGGAAAUCUACAAUGAAUUGAUACGUGAUCUCUUGAAUCCGGGUGGGCCACUCGAAUUGCGUGAAGAUAAUCGAGGUCAGCGCAUAACUGUAGCGGGCCUGUCGGAAAUUACCACAUCGAGUCGCAAAGAAGUUGUAUCCCUCCUAAUGAAAGGCAAUAAGGCGCGCACCAUGGAACCCACGGCAGCUAAUCAAACAUCCUCACGCAGCCAUGCCCUGCUCAGCAUUACGGUACAGACAAAAACUUCGUUGGGUAUAAAACAGGGUCGCCUCUUUCUCACAGAUUUGGCGGGUUCAGAAAGAGCUAAGAAAACUAAAAAUCGUGGUAAACGUUUACAGGAGGGUGCCCACAUAAAUCGCUCCCUGCUCGCCUUGGGUAAUUGCAUUAAUGCUCUGUCGGGUGGGGCACGUUAUGUUAAUUAUCGUGACUCGAAAUUGACACGUCUUCUCAAAGAGGCCCUAAGUGGUCGCUGCAAAACCGUUAUGAUUGCACACAUUGCACCGGAGAGUAAACAUCGUGAUGAGACGAAAAAUACCCUGGUCUAUGCUGAUCGAGCCAAUAGUAUUACAACACGUCUGCAGAAUUCCGUCUAUGUAGAUGAACUGCAGAAUUUCCCCACUAAACAUUAUCAACAUUUGGUGUUUGAACUGCGCGAAGAGGUUUCGCGUUUGCGCAAUAAAAUGUUAUCAGAUCGGCCGAGAAGUGGUGCAGCGGCAGCUAAUGAAGCUGCCAAAGCAGCAGCCGGCAGUGAUCAAGCACAACAGGAUCAAUCCUCGGCAACGGCCGCAAACAGUGCCGAAGAUGAUGAGAAGCGUAAAAGUGAAUUACGAUAUUUGAGAGAACAGAUUGUGCUGACCUUUAAGCAACAAAUGAAACUGCGACGAAAAUUAUUAGAGGCUGAAUCGCAUUUGCUGGGUUUAGAAUUGGAUGCAGAACGCCAACAUAUGAUCAUUUCACAUUGGCAGGGUCGUAUGGGUAAAUUGUAUGAUACCCCCACCGAUGAUGAAGUUGAAUCGGAGGGUUCUAUUGCCUUGAAAAAUGCCUGGGGCGAAUUGGCGGCCAUUGAAAAGGAAACACGGCGUUACAAAGAGAUACGCGAACGAACUGAACAGGAAUUAGAAUUGUGUCGCCAGAAAGGAGUGCAAUUGGAAGAUGAACUACCCGAACGAAUUAGCAGUGACGAGGAACGUGAAUUACUUGCUCUACUCUGUCGGGUUCAUGAAUUAGAAGCCGACAAGGUAUCAUUGCAAGCCGAACGACUGGCCCGACAAGCAGAAUUGAGACGAAGAGAUUUACAACUGUUAAGAGCCGAAAGACAACGAAGACUAUGUGAAGAUAUCAUUAGUUCGCAAAGACGUUUGAUAGAAGAAGGAAAUGUCGAAUUACCCGAUGAGCUGCGAGAACUAUAUGGUUUAUAUCAACAGGAAAUUCAUGCAGGCACAGUGACGGCAACGGCAGCCUACGAACGGAAAUUACCACCCAUAUACACAGCCGGCUCCGAUUCACCUGGUUCAAGUUCGGGUUCCGAAUGGUCACCCUCGUCGCCGUUACCACCCAUUGAUGGUGGACAAUUGGCAGCCUCAGCCUCAGUUGACAGCCUCUUACAAGAUAAUCCAGAUCGUCAUAUGGGUCCUGCGGUACAUUCCCGAUUGCCUAAACUGGCCGCAACGGUGGGAGCCAGCAAACGAAUUAUGAAAAUGAAGAAAUAG